AUGUCCAACAAUGUGUUGAUUAAAACCCUAGAGGGCCUGUGCCUGGACUCAGGUUAUAUGGCGGGGGAGAACUGCCCGUCACUCAGCCUGUCCUCGGGCAGGUCGGGGCACUCGCAGCCAAAUUUGAACACACCUCACCGGGGUCCUUGCUGGCAGCACGCCGGCUCCCUGUACAGCAGAAACGGUAGCUGGGACACUGUGAGCACGCUGCCGGAGGACGUGAUAGAUAUCCUAACGAAAUGCCCCUUUCUGCCCGAGCUGGAGGAGUAUCCCUGGAUCGAACAGGAGCUGCUGGAAGUUGUGCGUAAAGUUGCCCGCACGCGUGCGUCAUACACGAGGGAAGCGGUCCACCGGCUCUCUGUCCUGCUCCGGAGAGCUUUGGUGCGCAUCUCCCGGGAGGCUCAGCGGCUGAGUGAGCUGCACAGGCGGUGCACACGGCUGGAAGUGCAGAGCGCAGUGAGGCUGGUGUUGAGUUGGGGUCUCGCAGAGAAGUGCAUCUCAUCUGCUGUGAAGGCGGUGUCCCUGUACUGCAUGAACUCAGGCAACACCGCGCGUCAGCGCGGCAAGUCCUCGCGCUGCGGCCUCACGCUCUCCGCGGGCCGUUUCUUUAGGUGGAUGGUGGAGACGCGGGUGUCGGUUCGUGUGCACGAGUACGCUGCAGUGUGCCUAACAGCCUGUGUCGAAACUUUGGCAGAGGAAGUGGCAGGACGUGGGCUGCAGGCGGCGAGGCUGACCGCGGAAGAGGAGGGAGGGCAGAUCGACGGGGUCAUCUGCGGUCCGGUGACCACCGAGCUGCUGGAUGGAGCUGUGAGCAACGACGCAGAGCUGUGGGGGCUGCUGCAGGUCUACGAGCAUCUCAUAUGUGGCAAAAAUGCCAGUGGUGAGCUGUCACUCCCAGCCCACAUCAGCCCAUACACAGAGAGCAGGGAAGAUGCCUACAUCCAGCUGGAGCUGCGGAUGUUGGAGCAGGCGCUCCUUGCCACCUGCGUUGGCAGCAUUGGAGAGCUGAGUGAUCUGGUGUGUCGAGCAAUGCACCACAUGCAGCGUCUAAGAAGCUCGAGUGCCUCCAUCAGCCACUCUUCUUCAGCCAAUCAAAUGCCAGUAUCCUGGGCUCCAGAUGCCCUCCGCACACUCUACUACUUCCUGUCCAGCCCACAGAUGGAAUCACUGGAGAAUCCCAACCUUGACCCUCCAACCAUGACACUGAGCAGAGAGAGGCCAUUCUUGCUCCUCCCUCCUCUCAUGGAGUGGAUCCGUGUUGCCGUGGUGCACGCUGAACAUCGCCGUAGCCUAUUGGUUGAUAGUGAUGAUGUCAGACAGGCGGCCAGACAGCUUUUGCCAGGACUGGACUGUGAGCCCAGGCAGCUGAGGCCAGAGUGCUGUUUCCAGUUGUUUAAAUGUCUGGAUGCAGAAGCUGCUUCGGCUAAAUUCCAGUUGGAUUUAGGAUUCAGGAUGCUCUCGUGUGGCCGAGCAGACCUGCUCCACCACGCCGCCCGGCUUCUAGGAGCUGAAGGUGUCAACACUAUAGACGAUCAGGGAAUGAGCCCUCUAAUGUACGCCUCAGCAGCAGGAGAUGAGGCACUAGUGCAGAUGCUCAUUGAAGCCGGAGCUCACCUGGACAUGCAGGUCCCUGGCAGCUCUGCCAGACAUCCGUCUGUUUACCCAGGCAGUCGGCACUGGGUGGCCUUAACAUUUGCUGUGCUUCACAGUCACCUGUCCGUGGCUCAGCUGCUUUUGGAGGCCGGUGCAGACGUGGAGGGUGGAGCCUUGCUGGACAGUCAGGAGAGCUCAGCUGAGACACCACUACAGCUAGCUGCUGCAGCAGGUUACUACGACAUGGUUAGCCUGCUGCUCGCUCACGGAGCAGACCCUCUGAUCAAAGUGCAUCAUGGGAAUUCACCGCUGUAUGAAGACAUGAACUGCUUUAGCUAUGCAGCAGCACAUGGGCACAGAAACAUCCUCAGGAGGCUUCUGCAGCAGCCACAGCACAGGAAGGAGGACAUCCUCUCUCUGGAAGAGAUCCUGGCUGAAGGAGUGGAGGAUGAGGAGGAAGAGGAACUAAAAUUUUCAACACAGCCUCUAGCUCCUGACUCCCCAAGCAUUAUUCCGAGUUUGUGUAAGAACAGGAUGAAGGCCCUGCAGCAGGCAGCCUACUACAGCGCGGAGCACGGCUACCUGGACGUCACCAUGGAGCUCAGAGACAUGGGUGUCCCCUGGAGGCUGCACAUCUGGUUAGAGUCUCUGCUCAGAGCCCAACAGCUGUGUAGGGACGAUGUCAUCAUUUCCCUCCUCACAGAGUUCACCUCUAUCAGGACGGAGGACUACAGCCCCGGGCUUCUCUCCACGGGCAUCCCGCUCAUGUUCAGCAUGUUGGAGACCACCAAGGACUACGUGGUAACAAAGCGUCUGGCGACUGUCUUUUCUCUCUGCUACGGCUCGUCUCCCGUUCCUCCGGUCCCACCUUUGGACGUCACUCUGUCCACACAGCUGGAUAUUCAUUUUCUGAACAACAAAGAGAUGUCAGAUGUGACAUUCAUGGUGGACGGGCGCCCAUUCUUUGCACACCGAGUGCUGCUGAUGUCUGCGUCAGACAGGUUUCGCCAGCUGCUCGCAGAUUCCCCCGAUAACAUCGUCCACAUCAAUCACAUGACCUACGGCACCUUCCAGAUGAUGAUGAAGUCUCUGUACUGUGGAGGAACUGAGGGGCUGUCUGUGUCUCCCUCUGAAGCCUUGAAGCUGUUGCCAGUGGCCACUUUCUACCAGCUCCGAGGUCUGCAAAGACGCUGUGAAAUGUCACUGUCGCAAAGCCUUACUCUGGACAAUACUGUCAGCAUAUACAAGGCUGCUAAGCACCAUGGAGGAGCUGAACUCUGCAGGUUUUGUGAAGGAUUCUUCCUGCAGAACAUGGAUCAGCUCCUGGACAGGGAGGACUUCCACAGCCUGCUGCUAGGAGGUUUCAGUCAAGAGCUGCUAUACCCAGGCCUGGGCACCCGAUCUGGACUCGACCAAGAUCAGGAUCUACUGGUCCUCCUAAGGGACUUGGAGAAUGUACUUAUCCAGAGACUUUAUAUCCUCCACUCUGCAUGUCGAGAGUAG